ACCCAGUGUCAUUAAGUCUUGGAAACAAUUCACCACCUAACCAAGUAAAAACUAAGCCCAGCAAUGCUGUGACUCCUGAAAAAUCAAAAAAAUCUCACAAGCUGUUUGAGAAUGCCUUGUCCGUAAAUAACCCAGCUCUCUUCAACUCGUUAGGACCGCCCCUGCGGUCCACAACCUGCCAUCGCUGUGGCCUGUUCGGGUCGCUGAGGUGUUCCCAGUGCAAGCAGACAUAUUACUGCUCCACAGCAUGCCAGAGGAGAGACUGGUCUUCCCAUAGCACCAUCUGUAGACCUGUGCAGCAAAGUCUGCAUAAGCUUGAAGAUAAUAAAUCACCAUUUGAAACAAAGACCAUUGACGUGAAGAAUGAGGUUGCCUGUCCCCUGGGAGUUACUAAAGAAAUGACAGCUGGUGCAGAGAGAGUAAUGUUUUCUGAUCUGAGGAGUCUCCAACUGAGGAAAUCCAUGGAAAUAAAGGGCACAGUUACUGAAUUCAAGCACCCGGGUCAUUUUUAUGUCCAGUUGUAUUCCUCAGAGGUUUUAGAGUACAUGAACCAACUCUCUGCAAGUUUGAAAGAGACAUAUGCAAAUAUGGUGCCUGAAGACGGAUAUCUUCCUGUUAAGGGGGAAGUCUGUGUUGCCAAGUACACGGUUGAUCAGACCUGGAACCGAGCCGUAGUAGAAGGCGUGGACGUGCUGCAGAAGAAGGCACGUGUCUUGUACAUCGACUACGGAAAUGAAGAGAUCAUCCCAAUCGACAGAAUCCACCAGCUAAGCAGAAGUAUCAGCCUGUUUCCUCCUUCCGCCAUAAAGUGCUAUGUGUCAGGAGUCGUCCCCGCUGCGGGUGAGUGGACUGAAGACUGUGUUGUAGCUGUCAAGGCCCUGCUGUUCGAGCAGUACUGCUCCAUCAAGGUCGUGGACAUCUCAGAGGAGGAGGGGCUCACCUGUGCUGUCGACGUCGUGCUGCAGAGUUCAGGAAAACAGCUGGACCAUGUGCUUGUGGAAAUGGGAUAUGGUGUGAAACCUGAUGAGCAGAGCUCCAAGAAGCAAAGUAUGGACCCAAGCACUUCGGAGGACACUGGAAGACUGACAGCUGAGAACAGGAUCGGGACGGAGAGAAAUGCCCUGGUCCCCACAGUGCUGACUUUGAAUGUGGGUGACGAGUUCUGUGGUGUAGUUGCCCACAUCCAGACACCAGAGGACUUCUUUUGUCAGCAGCUGCAGAGUGGCCACAAGCUUGCCGAGCUUCAGGAGUCCCUCAGUGAGUACUGUAGCCACGUGACUCCACGCUCAGACUUUUAUCCAACCAUUGGGGACAUGUGUUGUGCUCAGUUCUCAGAGGAUGACCAGUGGUACCGCGCCUCGGUUCUGGCCUAUGCUUCAGAAGAAUCUGUCCUGGUUGGAUAUGUCGAUUAUGGAAACUUUGAAAUUCUUAGUUUGAAAAGACUUUGUCCCAUAAUUCCAAAGUUGUUGGAUUUGCCGAUGCAAGCUUUAAAUUGUGUGCUGGCAGGAGUGAAGCCAUCUUUAGGAAUUUGGACUCCAGAAGCCAUUUGUGUCAUGAAGAAGACUGUGCAGAACAGGAUGGUCACAGUGAGAGUGGUGGGCAUGCAGGGGACCAGGGCCCUGGUGGAGCUCGUAGACAAAUCGGUGGCUCCUCACCUCAGCGCUUCUAAAGCUCUGGUAGACUCAGGCUUUGCCAUCGAGGAAAAGGACAUAGUGGCAGAUAAAGGCAGCAGUGCGCGUGCCGCAAAUGUUCCCUUGGCCUUAGAAGGAGCAGUGGAGGUGCUGGAGUGGACGUGGGUCGAGUUCACCGUUGACGAGACCGUGGACGUGAUGGUCUGCAUGAUGCACAACCCUGGGGAGUUCUACUGCCACUGUCUCAAAGACGACGCCUUAAAGAAGCUCGAUGACUUGAACAAGUCCUUAGCGGACUACUGUGCACAAAAACCGCCCAAUGGCUUCAAGGCAGAGGUAGGGCGGCCUUGCUGUGCCUGUUUUGCAGGUGACGGCAACUGGUACCGGGCUCUGGUCAAGGAGAUCCUACCAAGUGGGAACGUCAAAGUACACUUUGUGGACUACGGCAAUGUUGAAGAGGUUACCACAGACCAACUGCACGCAAUAGCCCCACAGUUCUUACUACUUCCGUUCCAAGGGAUGCAGUGCUGGCUAGUAGAUAUACAGCCCAAAAACAAGCAUUGGACAAAAGAAGCCACAGCAAGAUUUCAAGCAUGUGUCGUGGGGCUUAAACUUCAAGCCAGAGUUGUGGAAAUCACGGAGAAUGGGGUGGGCGUUGAACUCACCGAUCUUUCCACUCCCUACCCCAAAAUCAUUAGUGACGUCCUCAUCACAGAACACCUGGUCUUAAGGUGUAGUUCACCACAGAAGGACGAGUUGAUGGGCAGACCUGCUAAUAAACAUAACCAGAUCGACGCCCAGAGCGCGCAAGCCAGCCCUCCAGCAGAGCAGUGGAAGACCAUAGAGUUGCCAGUUAACAAGACUGUACCAGCAAAUGUACUAGAAAUCAUAAGCCCAACCUUGUUUUAUGCCAUCCCCAGUGAAAUGCCAGAAAAUCAAGAAAAACUGUGUGUGUUGACAGCUGAAUUGUUAGAACACUGUAACGCUCAGAAAGGCCAGCCACCCUACAGACCACGGACGGGAGAAGCCUGCUGUGCUAAAUACACAAAUGAUGACUUCUGGUACCGGGCCAUUGUUCUGGAAGCGUCAGACUCUGAUGUGAAAGUUCUCUAUGCAGAUUAUGGAAACGUGGAAAGACUGCCUUUUUCCAGAGUGCAGCCCAUCACUGCCAGCCACCUGCAGCUGCCCUUCCGCAUCAUCAGAUGCUCACUUGAGGGGCUGACGGAGCUGAACGGAAGCAGUUCGCAGCCAGUGAUGGAGCUGCUGAGGAACGCCAUGCUGAACCAGAGUGUGGCUCUCUCUGUGAAAGCAGUCUCGAAGAAUGUCCACGCAGUGUCAGUUGAAAAGUGCUCUGAGAAUGGAAUGAUCAAUAUAGCUGAGAAUCUGGUGAUGUGUGGCCUGGCAGAAAACCUCUCAUCUAAAAGGGAAAGUGCUCCAACUAAAGAAACACCGCACAGCACCGAUUGCUGCUGCACAGAGUUACAGAAACAGAUUGAGAAACACGAGCAGAUUCUCCUCUUCCUCUUAAACAAUCCAACCAACCAAAAUAAAUUUAUAGAGAUGAAAAAGCUGCUGCAAAGCUAAAAACAUCAUCCCUGGGGAAAAACACUCGGGAAGAAGGAGACCACAAAAGCCAGACUAGAGAAAGAAUUGUAUCUUGUGUUUGUUCGAUGGAACUGUUGCUUCCUUUCCUUUCCUUAGUGACCUUUGACCUCACCACCCCUACUUACUUACCUUGUUCUGUUGGGUUUGUUGCCCUCUCCCCGAUUCUUUCCACAAAAUACAUGAAUCUUGCAUAAGAGGUUCAUGUACUAGCUAGGCGUGGUGGUGCACACCUGUAAUCCCAGCCAUGAGCAGAAUGAGGCAAGAAGACCUCAAGUUCAAGGCCAGCAUGGGCUACAUAGAUAGUUUCUCAUUACAAACAAAACCAAACAUCAAGAUUCAAAAAAAUGUAUGAGACGACUAGGAAGGAA